CAGGCAAGAAAGCAGCGAGAGGUGGGGAAGGCCACUUUCAGUUCUGAAACGUGUCUGUGCUGUUUUUAUGAGAGGGUGAAGACGGAAGAUGUAAACUACAGUGCAGAUGCUCUCCAUUUAUAUUCAAAGCGUGUAAUAAAAUAAUUGAAUGUAUGCUUCCUCCCAUCAAAGCCUGUUAAAAUCAGUAAUAAAGGGCAUUAGCGUUAUAUUAAAAGGGAGUUCAAAUUUUUGGACGAUGCAUCUCAGUUAGUAGGCACAGAGCGUAGAUAGGCUAGCUGGGAACUGCUCUUACACAUCAUCUGAGGCAUUCCUUCUUGCUGAUACAGGAUUGUUCCUACCAGUGCAUUUUCUGUUGUUUUCCUCUCCAGAAAAGCUGUCCUACUGAGUCACUCAACAUUUUCCAUUUAAAUAAGACAUCCAUCCCUUUACUGCUGAGUUUCUAUAUCUGAUUGUAAAUGUCUUCCUUUUUUGGUUGUGCAGAUUCUUCCUUCAGAUGUUUGUAAAUUAUCACCACCACCCACCCCCCUGUGUUACUACGUCAUUUUCUCCCUGUACAGAUUUCUCCCUGCAUCAUCUAACCUAUGCAGUCGCUGCUAAGAACAAAAGCCAAGUAGCCUGGUGAUAAGGAGAGCAGCAGAUUGAGAUUCUUUGCUUUGAAACCAGAUGUCCUGAUACUGUAUGAUAAUAACAUCUUAAGGAGUUGCUCACUUUUGCAGACACCUGUCCUGUCCCAAAAACACUGUCUGGAUUUGCAAGCAAACUCAGCAUUUCUUAGCUCUGGUUGUUGUCACUGGAAAAAGUAGCACUGAACAUUUCUGAACUUUCUUGUUCUGAGAUAAACGCCAGCAUUUUUUUUUUUUGUCUGUUCCCCCCGUUCCAGAUCCCCAAGCAAUUUCAGAUACUAGUUUUCUUACUGUGCUCUUCAGUUUGUUAUUUCACAUUACACCACUCAGAUACAGAGAUGGCAGUGAGGAAUAGUAUAGUGAUCUGUGCAAACCCAUAAUAUCUAAAGCUCCUUCUGAAGUUGUCACCUCAAGGUGCACUGCUGUCAUUAUUGUACAGCUUACGUGUAAGUCUACCAUUUGUUGAUACUGCUAAAAGCAAAUGUUUUUUUGCAAGAUGACAAAUAAAUGGUGUAUUUCUAAUACCCAUAUGGUCUGAAUGAUAUUUAACUAGGAUGUAUGUAGGGUGGAGGUACAGCACUUGUAAUUGCAGGUUGGACAUACUGAGGAAAGAGUUUGGGAGCUCUGGAGGAGCUCAUCUUCCUGGUAAGAAACGGAUAUAAUCCAAUGUGUCGCUUAGAGACUGAAAUUGAGAAUUGGUCAUCAUCUGGUAAUACGAUGAUGGGGAUUUAUAAGAUGAGAAACCCUUCUUUGGAAAAUACAAAAAUGAAAAGAUGCAUUGGAAAUAAAUGAUAAGAUUCAAACAGGAAGCAGAUGUUUGUUUUUAUUCUGUCAAUAUCCAUAGGUCUUUACAAUUUGUAAAUUCUUAAAAUUGAGAUCAGGAAUUCACCAUUAGCUGACAUCUUUGCAUUGUGUUCAGAUGACUUUCUGAAAUACAGAUUCCUUUUCAAGUUAUUUUUAAGGCAAGGAUUGCAUGUUUCAGUGUUUAAAAAACAAACAAACCAAAAAAACACCCUAAAUUCAGUUAGCUAAUAGUGGCCUCUUUUGGUCUUCAUGCUUCUUAGAGUCUUCCAGUUAAUGGUAAGGGCUGCGUACAUAUAUAUGCUGACUGUGUAGCUGAGAAUGUUGGUCAUAUUUUUCUAGAGGACAGUCAAAACACAGUAGUUACUGUACAAAACCCUGAAGAAAUAAUUCAGUAAAUUGCCUUGCUCCUAAAGGACCUCUGUGAUGCCUUUUGUUAAGUGCUUCUGUUAUGGCAAGUAGAACAUGCAGACCGCUUAUGGCAGAUGUGACAUACAGACCACUUAGGUUAGAGCCCAGUAAGUACUGACUGAUGUUUGAGGUUUACUUAACGUUUGGCUCUAAUGUUGCACACGGGGAAUUGGGAAAAAUGGUUACUGGUUUGUGGAGGGUUUUUUUUUCUUAAUUUUUUUUUCUCGACCUGGAAUUGUCUGGCUGCGUUAUUGCCACUCUAAAUGCAACAUUUUAUUUCCGGCAAUAAUUCUGUAGGAGAAUGAAUCCCACAGAGUUCAGGAGAGAAGGGGAAAUGAAAGAAUCGUAGCCUUUUCGGGUGGAUAACUUGCUGAAUGGAUGCAAAUACAACUAACUUGAGCAAAGAGAUCAAAUGGAAUACCUUGCACAGGAUCCGUAAUGUCUAGGAGGGCCGCAACAUUUUGAUCACCCGUGUUUUGAAUAAUGCCAUUCGGUGUAUUUUAUGCUGUCAAUUCUAACAAGGCAAUGUGCCGCAAGUAGUAUUUUCUGUAACAGUCAGAGUGUUAAAUGCUAUCAAGUAUCUCCCAUUCCCAUCUAUCGGUAACCUUCUGUAACAUGCAUUCUAAGUAAUGGCAGCGCCUUACCUACUUCAGCGUCACAGUAUGGCGUUUGUUUGCCAGGAGACCUGCAGGCAGCUUUAGUUUUCUGUUCUAAGGUGUUAAAAUCAUAUGAUAUAAACAUCAGGCUACAUCACGUGCAUCUUCUUGUCCAGAAGACUUUUCUGUGCGUACUGUUGUCUUGCUCUUGGUUACUAGAACCAUGCUUAGGUUAUGGUAGAAGGAAGCUUCUACCAUGGCCUUCAGGAUUGUGUUCAGUGACUAUCGACUAUCUUACCCAUCCAAUUUUUUCACUGCCAGUGUACCUGGGUAGGACUUUGUCUUUUGCUGCAUAGCUAGUGAACCCAGCUUUUCACUAUUCCACAUUGACUUUGUUUCUGAAAGGAAUCUGAAAAUACACAAAAGCGUAUGUAAAGUGUUUUGCUUUUUCUGAUCUCUUAUGAGGAGAAAUUUCAUUCGCACACAAACUUAGCUGUGAAAAGUUGCGUAUAAUUGCUUAUUAAAAGAAUAGGGUGACUGUGUCAAACUUAAUUUUACCAAAACGUAUGGGAAAGCAUUCAUUUUUAAGCAUAAAGUGUGUUGUGUUAUGGGAAUGUGUUUUUGCAACUUCCUUUGUUACUGCAGCAAGAUUUCCAGACUUUUAAAAGCAUCAGUUGUUAAGUUAAUAAAGGUCAUCUCCUGCCCAAGGAUUGUUUGAACAACAGCAACAAAAAAAAUAGGCUCGUUUAGGAAGAGCGAAGCGACGGCGCUGAUAUCUUACCUCCCUUACCUUGGGAAGUGCUUCCUUUAUUUCCCUUUUCCGUGCCCCUCUCCAGGAACAAAAGCAGUACAAAAAUGCAGAUGUUGAAAAGCAAGAAAAUGUGCUUAAAGUAUUUUCCUUCUGUCUUGGAACAAUGGUUGCUGACAGCAGAAGGCUUGCUUGCUUGUUAAAAUUAGAUUUGAAUCAUCAGUGUAAUAGCGGUAGGAAAUUGUAGGUGGAAGGAUGCCAGGAGGCCUAUCUUAGACCUACCCUUGCAGUAAGGUGGUCUGUGAAUGACUUCGGCUGUCUCCUCAGUUUAGCAAGUUAGCCUUAAAUGAUGGAUCGUAGGAACUGGGUUAAGUAUCCUUAAAGCACAGUACUUUGUACCUGAGCAAAAGCUAUUUUGGUGGACUACCAAGAACAGACACAAAUGCAAGGCUUUGUCAACGAUGCGAGGCUGCUGUUACAACUGAGGCUUCCUGACCUCUUGUUCUUGGUUCCUUAUGUCAUGUUUAAGUGGCCCCAAUCCCAUUGCCUCUCACUAUUUCCCUAGAAAAAAAUAAUAACCUGUGUUUAAGUGGGUGUUUUGUUGGGUUUUAAUGAUUUUUUAGGAACACUGCAGAGUUUUCAUGGGCUACAUGUGUGUAAAGUAGGGGGCUGUGCACCCUCUGAAGCUACAUCACAGUCAGCAUCAUUCUGGCUUCCUCUGUUUCUCCUCAGCUGUUUUAAGGCAGUCCAGCAUCCAAUUGCUUCCUUGCUAUAGUUAUGAAACAUUGGCUUCACAGUAAUCCAAUCUAUAGAAGACAGUGACCUCUCUGUGCACCUUAAAACCAUUGACAGAAAUGGCUGUAAUUCUGCUGAUGCAGAAUGCAGCUGCCCACUUAAACCUUCCCCCCCCCUCCCCCCUUACUUGCAGAGGGGUUGGUUACAUCUCUGCUUUAUACUGGCUUCUGUUUCAUUCCUGGUGUGGUUUUUGUGCUAUUUCCAUAAGCAGCUUGGUUCCUGAUUUCUUCAGGGAGUGCUUUACAUGAUGUAAUGGUAAUUGAUAUCAACUGAAGUGCUGAAGCUACCACUCGCUAAUUUAAAUUAGUGCCAGUCUGAGGUGGGAGAGCUGAAAGUAGGACGGUGCCUGGGAGAGACCCCUGCUUUUGGAAAUUAUUUAACUUGUUCUCGUACCAGAGUAAGAAUUUUCUGACCAUCAGGUCACGUGGUUAUUACUUUCUUGGGUGGUAAAACAGAAACAAAGUGCCUGUGAGAUGAUCAAGGGGGAGUUUUAGUCUAAGUGUUUAAUGAUGUUUAGUGCGUUACUGUUCUCUUCAUCAGUGCUAUGAAUGCAAUCAGACAUAUUUUAAAAUAAAUCUACAUAAAUAACUGGCUUAUAAUAAUGUAGCAUCGGUUUAUAUCUUUUUAUAUCAUUUGUUUAUAUCUGCUCCAUUUAACGCUCUCUCUGUAUUCUAUGUAUGUAUGUAUCCAUCUGUAUGUAUCUGGAGUGUAUAUUUAACAGCUCUUUAUUUUACUGAGAUAUAAGCAGUUCUACAGCUGGACUGUAUUGUUUAUAAGUAUUAUUUAGUUGUUGGCAAAUAUUUGGAAGGCACGGGACCACCAAAGCUUCAUGAGAGUGGUAUAGCAAAGUCCGACUGUAUAUCCAAGAGAAAACUGAAAGCACUGCCUGAGCAUGAGUGACUGCCUUGAGUUGACCUGCUUGUGUGUUCAGCUUAUGGUCAUUAAGCUGUACUCCUAUGCUGUACCCACUGGAAGAAAAGUGGGUUAUGUGAAAGAUUUCUGCUGGAUGUUACUGACGUAUUUGUGCUUGGAAAAAGUGUACGUGGACUGAUCUAGUUAAGUCCUUACAGGCCGGAUAGAACGAUGUUCUUCGGGUAUCACCAGUGAUGGUGGUUUGCACAGUUCCACUGGCAGCUUGUUCUGCUAGGUUGCUUCUAGAAAUUUAACUUGCGGCUUUUUUGGUUGUUGGGUUUUUUUUGGUACAUUGAGUCCGUUGUUUAUUGCUGAUUAAUUUGAUUGGUUGCCUUCUUUGUAGUGUCCUGUGUUAUAUUUGUGGGCAGUUGCUUGCCAUGUUUCUCAAGACAAGGACAAUCAAAGAAUCACAGAAUGGCUUGGCUUGGAAGGAAGGAUCGUCAGGUUUCAACCCUCCUGCCACAGGCAGGGUUGCUAACUGCUAGAUCAAGUACCAGGUCAGAUUGCCCAGGGCCCUGUCCAGCUUGGCCUUAAAACACCUCCAAGAAUGGGGUAUCCACAACCUCUCUGGGCAGUCUGUUCCACCUCACCACCUUCAGUAGAAAAAUUCCCUCUCUUAGUUACUUCAUUAUCUAGUGCUUCCUCUUUUUCUUGAAUAUUUUUCCUGUUUGACUAGUAGGUGUUUGUAAGAAGUAUGUGUAACCUAGAAUACAGUAAUUCUAACCUAGACUUUAAAGGUAAGUCUAAUCUAGAAUAUUAAGAUUCUCAUGGCCUUACUACUUAAUUGCAUAUCCUCUUAAUCAUACUGUUAGCCAGUAUAAUCUUUGAAGAUAUUCCAUGUCCCCUGGGUGUCUACCUACCAUCUGUUACUUUAUCCCAUUAGAUUUCCACCAGAUUUCCAAUUUUCUCUCUAGUGUGCUGUGCUGACGGAACCCUCCUUAUAGUUUCCCUUAUUGAUCUCCCAGUUUAGUCUUAAUUACACAGCUAAUCAGAUUAUGGUUAUUAUUUUUUUUUUUUUACUAUUUCUUAUCUCCUUGAACUUUUCAGUUUGACUAAAAACAUACUAAAGCACUGUUUUUCCAUGUAUUUGGAGCUCAUUCUCUUCAUUUCUGCAUUCAGGUGUUCAUGAGUGUAUGGGGGUUCUUCUGAGCGCUGUUUUCUGUUCUGUUUAUUUCAUACUGCGGGUAUAGAGACUUAACUUGGGUCUAAUUUUUCACCACUGAAGCAUCUGUUUAUGGAGGAGGGCAUAGCAGAGGCGGGCUGCUGAUGUUACUUCCCUGGCUUGCUUGUCCUUGCAGCCUCUGCUUCCUCUUGCGGGCAAAGGGAAACCAACCCUUUUCACAGUUGACCUCAGCCAAUUUAAAUGCAGGCUGCUUCAAAAGGGUCUGUCCUGCUCUCUCCUUAUCCUUGACCCCCUGCUCCCACUCCCUUAGCAUUGCCAGCUCUGUAAUUGUGCAGCUGCACAGUGCUGAAAAAUUAUUUUAUUUGCAAGACGAGCUUUCAUCCGAUCAACAGCCUGGUCCAACUCGUAUUCCAGCUGCGUGGCACUGGUAGGGUCUUAAAUAAGCUUAGGCUGGCUAUUAAUACACAGUGCUGAGUCACUGCUGAAAUGCUUCAGUUUACUGUGCACCUUUUCAAGGCAAACUGUUGCUAAUUCAGGCCUGGGUAGAAUGUGCUAUAAAUUGCAGUCUUGGGCAAUCGAGUGGUGAGUGGCUCAGCCACUGAUGCGGAGAGGCAAGGUAGGCAGAUGGAAAAAACCGCCUGGGUGGGUGUCAGCAGCUAAACUGCCACUGCUUGAGUAUCACCGCCCAAACAAAAACUGGUGGGAAUUCACUUCAGCCAGAGAACUUAGCUUUCCGUUUUUGUAAAACCUGUGAGAAGUUCAAGAUUCCUAGCAAAUAUAUGAGAAGUAUUUAUGAGCAUUUGUUACUGACUGAUGUCAACAAACGCUCCUUUUUUUGUUGUUAUUACAGAAAUAUCUUAACAGGCUCACGGCAGUUCCAGACAACUGAAAGAACGUAGUUAUUGUUAGUAUAUUAAAAAUUCCAUUUUUGUUAGGUAGCAUUAUUUUUAUAGGCCCGGAAGGUGUUUACUCACUCGCUACUCAUGUUUUGUAUUGCUGGAUGAAAGUUCACCUGCUAGAAUUCCAUGGCUAAUGAGCUCAGCCAGUCCUUAGUUUCUGGCCAUGUGCUACAGCAGUUAAACCAUAUGGAAUAUUGCUGUGGAAUAUUUAGGUUGAUUUAUAAAUACAAAGAUUUGUGUGUACAACUUAGCUUCAGUCUUAAUUGAUUUAGAAUACUUGAUUAGACAACACAGCUGAGCCAGUGCAACCCUCUCUGCUGCGUAGAGCAGUAGUUCAACCCUUGCUUUUGUCUUCCUUUGCUUCUGCCCAUAUGGUGCUUGUCUGCUUCCUUGCUAUGAUGCUGAACUCCUUCCUGGAAGAGACUAAAACAUUUUAUCUAGUUUGAUGGUGUGAAACAGGUGUGAGGAACUGUACGCUUUCUUUCUGGAAACUCUUUUUCAUCACAGGGACUGCAGGUCUAACAAGAAAAAUUCUAGCUCCAAAAGGUAUGACUUAGAUCCAUAUGGGUUCAUUUGCACUUACUGUUUUGAACAAAAAAGGAAUAGUCUGGUAGCUAUACGUGUAUCUUCCGUGAUGUAUUUUUAGACAUUACCACUCGCACACAGUGUAAUAGUCUUGUAGCAAAAAAGAAGGGGAAAAAAAGAAGGCAUUUCUAGCGCAGAUGGCAUUAUGGAGGGAGCUGUGGUUUUACAUACUUUGGAUUUUAGUGGAGUGAGGAGUCUUUCUACUCUUAAACUUAUUAUAUCCUGCAGUCCAAAAUAAAAUAAAUUAAAAAUACUGUGAUGCACUUAUACUUGGCAAAGAAACGAGGCUUAUUACUUUGUCCGGUGAAAAUCAAUGGUCAGAGAACUAACAUGUUCUGCAGCUAAUCGUGUUGAACUUGGCUGCGUUUCAGUAAUUUUCUUGACUGAUGAUGGAAUCGCAUGUUUGAAAUACAGAUGUUCUACGUGUGUUUAUUAUGACUUACAGGGCUUCUGCAAAACUGGCAGGUCACCUUUGGUACAUCAGCCUCACCAUAAAGCAGGGUGCAAAACAACGUAACUUGGGAAACAGUUCUGCAGUUUGCAGCAUCAGGAAUGACUGGUUGAAUACCUCCUGGUCUGAAAAUGGCCUCAGAAAACAUGAAUGGAAGUGCAAAUGUGGACGUUGCAUGAGCAACCGUGAUUCUUGCAUUCAAGAGCUGUAGCAAGCACUCAGUCAAUGACCAUCCCCUUUAGAGGAGCCCAUGUGCUGCUGCUGCUCUUUUGCUGUCCAAGGAGCUGCUGAGAGCCCGGGGGCUGCUGGCAGGGAGAGGUCAGAGAAGGCUGUGCCUCUGGCAAGGGAAGUACAGCAGCAGAGCCAAGCCCAGUUGGUUGCCAGGCCCUUUGUGGAAGAACUGUGCUGGUGGUGUGGGGCCUUCCUCUGUCCCGGGGCUUUCUGUGUGCGUCACCUCUGGGCGGUGAGGGGCCUGGUGACGUGGCAGAAGGCCUACAAGGUGGCCCAGUAGGUGUGAGUGCCCCACUAGUUGAGUGGCCUGGUCUGACCACAUGCACUCUCUAAGGCUGGGCAAGUGGCCCUAAGGCCAGGCAGAGUCAGAAGCCCUGCCUCCCUCUUCGUGUGGUGAAACGAGCCACAGCUCGUAGGGCAGCAGGAGUGGAAGCAGAGGGAUUUUAGCAUCCUGUUUUUAGCAGCCUCUGCUGAUGAAGCCAGUGGGAGGUUUUUUCCCCACCAUUGCUGUGCAUGGCCACGUCUGAAUACAAGACAGGAAAGGCAUCUCCCUCAGCCUGGGGCUUCUCUGCCAGAUUUCACUACAGAGCUGCAAAAUAGGGAGAUUUCCAAAACUGACAAGAAAAGGGAUUACAUUGGAAAACAAGUGAAAUUAAGUACAGGGGACGCGACUUCUUGCUCCACGUGUGGGGCCAGCCCUGUAUGUGAUUAGCCAUUUUGAAUAUCCAGAUUUAUACGCUCUAAAGAGCGUUUGCCAGUUUUGACAGUGUGCACAUUGCUGGAGAGAGGUUACUUGCAGCUGUGCCACAGAAUUACAUCAGGUACGUGUGUGCAUACAGGUGCACGCAUGUGUGUGUUUCUGUCGAUUGCACAUUGCAAUUAUUUUCUUCCUCUGCUCACCCUGGUGCUUUGAGGCGUUUUUAAAAGCAUUUGAGGCAGUGCCUCAGCCCCGGCAGCUCUGUAAAAGCCAAAUCUUCCUUAAUAGCGGUAGUUAAUUUUGGGAAUGCGCGCACCCGAGGAAACAACAUUAUUUCAAGGAUCUCCACGGUUUUGCAGGGCCAGGGGGUGAAGCCAGCAGAGAGGCCCUCUCCGCUGUCAGAUGUGGUGAUCUCCAUGCUAACUCCAACCCCCAGACUCCCGACAGCAGCCUGUGAGGAGCAGCAUUCAGCAGCUCAGGGGUCUCACGGCCAGAGCGUGGAUCACACUUCUCAUAAACCUCAUCAUAUUGAGGUUGGGCUAAGAUGAGCAUAACCAGUGACGAAGUGAAUUUCUUGGUGUAUCGCUAUCUCCAGGAAUCAGGUUUCUCCCACUCGGCCUUCACGUUCGGUAUCGAGAGCCACAUCAGUCAGUCCAACAUCAACGGAACACUAGUGCCACCUGCUGCACUCAUCUCCAUCCUCCAGAAAGGGCUCCAGUAUGUGGAGGCUGAGAUCAGCAUCAACGAAGAUGGUACAGUAUUUGAUGGCAGGCCAAUAGAGUCACUGUCUCUGAUAGACGCAGUGAUGCCUGAUGUUGUACAGACCCGGCAGCAAGCAUUCAGAGAGAAGCUAGCUCAGCAACAAGCCAGUGCAGCAGCAGCAGCAGCAGCAACGGCAGCAACAGCGGGAACAACGACGACUGCUGUUUCCCAGCAGAACACACCAAAGAACGGAGAAGCCACUGUGAAUGGAGAGGAGAAUGGGGCACAUGCAAUAAAUAAUCAUUCAAAGCCAAUGGAAAUUGACGGGGAUGUUGAAAUUCCUCCUAACAAAGCAACAGUCCUUCGGGGCCAUGAAUCAGAGGUGUUCAUCUGUGCCUGGAACCCUGUCAGUGACCUGCUAGCAUCUGGAUCUGGAGACUCAACAGCCAGAAUAUGGAAUCUCAAUGAGAACAGCAACAGUGGUUCCACUCAACUAGUUUUGAGGCACUGUAUAAGAGAAGGAGGACAUGAUGUCCCCAGCAAUAAGGAUGUGACUUCACUGGACUGGAAUAGUGAUGGAACACUAUUGGCUACAGGCUCAUAUGAUGGUUUUGCAAGAAUAUGGACAGAAGAUGGUAACCUUGCAAGCACCUUAGGUCAACAUAAAGGUCCAAUAUUUGCCCUGAAGUGGAACAAAAAGGGGAAUUAUAUUUUAAGUGCUGGUGUUGAUAAAACAACAAUAAUUUGGGAUGCUCACACAGGAGAAGCUAAACAGCAGUUUCCUUUCCAUUCAGCUCCUGCUCUGGAUGUAGACUGGCAGAACAACACUACUUUUGCCUCCUGCAGCACUGACAUGUGCAUUCACGUAUGCAGACUUGGCUGUGAUCGUCCCGUUAAAACCUUUCAAGGACACACAAAUGAGGUUAAUGCUAUCAAGUGGGACCCAUCUGGCAUGCUACUAGCAUCUUGCUCCGAUGAUAUGACAUUAAAGAUUUGGAGUAUGAAGCAAGAUACCUGUGUACAUGACCUUCAGGCUCACAGCAAAGAGAUUUAUACUAUCAAAUGGAGUCCUACAGGACCAGGCACCAGCAACCCAAACUCCAACAUCAUGUUAGCAAGUGCUUCGUUUGAUUCCACUGUUCGGCUGUGGGACGUUGACCGAGGCGUCUGCAUCCAUACAUUAACAAAACAUCAAGAGCCUGUCUACAGUGUAGCUUUUAGUCCCGAUGGAAAAUAUCUAGCCAGUGGGUCCUUUGACAAAUGUGUCCAUAUAUGGAAUACUCAGAGUGGAACUCUAGUACAUAGCUACCGAGGCACCGGAGGCAUCUUUGAAGUCUGCUGGAAUGCUAGAGGAGACAAAGUGGGAGCAAGCGCAUCAGAUGGAUCGGUUUGUGUUCUAGAUCUGCGGAAGUAAAAGUGAAGAUUUAGAAGAAAUUUCAAAUGGACCAGCAGUGAAUGUGUGGGGAGAAGCACUCUUCAAAACUAUUCUUAACAGCUCCAGAACUGUACGAACUUGAACAAAGUUAGAGUGUACUGUGAAACCAACUCUCCCUGGCCACAGGUGUCUAGUAUUUUGUCCGUAACCUUCAUCAAGGAGUAAAAACACAGUCACUUCAGAGGGGGAGGGAAUGGUUUCCACCUGGAACAUUCAGCCUUGGAAGCAUGAAGCCACCAGCUAGGCAUUGCACUGUUUGGUUUGCGUCUGAGAACUUGCUCUGAUGGCUGGGAAAAAAAAAGCUGUGCCAAAAAAAAAUUAAUAAAAAAAAAAAAAGAAAAAUGCUGUGAUAAACCAAAAGGGAAAAAAAAAAAAGUCCUCCUCCAUGCGGUGUUGUAUUUUUUUCCUUCCAAUUUGGACACUACAGUUGCUCUCCCAAAGGACGUUCAAAGACCAGUUUGUACUGAUGAAAUGCUCAACUUUGUAAUCACAACACUUUCUAUUUUCUAGACUACUUUUUUUGUUCAGUGGUUUUUCUAUCAGCUGGAAUAUUAUAGCCUGGAGGAUCCCAGGCUUAGGAUGAACUUUUGUUGUUUUCCUUUUAUUUCUCCCUUCCACUCCCAACUUCUCCUUCCUUUCUUUUCUCCUUUUUCUUCUUGCCCAUUUUUUUUCUUUUUUCCCUGUAUGCCCAUAGUAGAUGUAGCCAGGUGGACAUGACAAUGAAAAUUUUUGACAGACUGCUUCUCCUCUCUUCUCUGUUUCUUUUCCUUUUUUCUCUCCGUUUAAAAGAAAAAGAAUCCUCCAUGCUUCAGAUCUUAGCGUCUCAAGGGCACUUUCAGCAAAUUGUGUAAUAAGUGCUUUAUAUAAGAAUGCAGUGCUGGGGAAGAUUUUUACAGGAGAAAGAUGACUUUUAACAGAAAGAACCCAGUGUAUUUUUGGAAAAAAAAUAUUUUUUAUGUUGAACACAGUUUUAAAAGCUGAAAAUGGCCACCAAAUGUAGACCAGUUGUGUAAUUCAAGGAAAAAGAAUGACAGAAUCCAAGGAACAUGAAAGGUGCAGUAUCCUUUUUGUCUUCUCUCUCAGAAAGUGCUGUUAGGCCAAACGCCAUCUGAUAACAUAAACGCCAGUCAUUUAUUAAGAGACCUCUUCCAGCAGCCAGAGAUUUAUAAGUCUCUUUUCACUUUUGUGGCUGUUUGAUGAUUUACAGUUAUUAAAAGGAAUCCGUAGGUUUGAGACCAUAAAUAUAAUAUUCAGUUUUGUGAGUGCGUAUUUUUGUUUAUCCUCAGUAACACGGGGAAAACGAUUGUCCAUCUUCUUUCCUCGAGAGACAGUUCAGAUUUCAUACAGACCAUAUGUUUGGCUGCCUGUGUCCUCAUUGGGCAGUGCUGUCCUCCACUAUUCUUGGUAUUCAUCCCAUCAGCUGUUCCUAUUCCAGUAAGUCAGUGACUUAAUGGGACCAACUGGACCAAGAUACAUUGACUGUGGCUAUCAGUGUUGAAGAAUGAACUCUUGGCACACUCCUGACCAUCUGUGGUCAGCACAUGCCUAAAACCAGGCUCUUCUGUUGCAUCUGGCAGUGCAUCACCCUCUGCCUUUGUGUUCUCCAUGUGACAAGAAAGGCUCUGGGUCUGCAGAUGGAGGGUCACUGUCUGUCCAGAAAGGUUUAGCUUUGAAUGGUGCUCAGAAGACAACAUAGAACUCUCAAUUUGGUGAGGACGUAAUAAACAAUAUAUAAACUAUUUCUUAAUAUAUAUCACAAUAAAGUUAUAGUGGGCAAAGUGAUCAGAACGACAAUAAAGACUUCUGAAGUACCACCUAUCCAGUUUGGACAUGAUUUCCUUACUGCGAGCUAGACAUCUGCAGAUGAAGAUUAAUUUACUGAAGAGCAAAUGAUGGAUGCAGAGAAGGUACAGGAAAGCCAAAGUCAGUGCUUUGCUGGAAGUGGUGUAAAUGCUGAGGCAGCCUUGGUGUGGUGGCUGUGUUAUUCAGACAGAUCCUCAGAACUGCCUGAGUUGAGCUGCUAUCCUCCCUAGCCUGCAGGCGAGGUAAGGGCUUGUAGGACAGAGGAAGGGAGACUGAGAACCUCCUGAAAAUCACACAGCGCAUUCCCAUUCAAAGUUGGUAUUUCUGUAACACAGAAUCUGUCCUUUGAUUUGACCACAGCUGCUGAAGUGGUGAUUUGAUCGGAGCAAAAAUCAAACCAGAGCCUUCAUACUGAACUGGUGGUGCAAGACCCGCCGGGCAUCACAGCAUCGUGGAAUUUGUAUUUCCUUUUUUCUCUUGUAUUUUCCUCUCCUUAUACUUAAAUCUUCACAGUAUCUGAGUCCUUUCCCUGGAACCAGCUGCUGCCAGCUUCAGUUGCUUAUCUUAGAUACAUAUUUGGAAAAGAGAAAAUAAGUACCUGCAAAAAGCGCUAAUUAGUCUGAGGGGAAAGCAGCUGUAUGGCAUUUUGGUUAUAUAUUUGUUUAUAAUUUGUAUCAGAGAACUGGACACUGGAUGGUGUUGAGGAUUAUUUUCAGUGUCAAAUAUGUCUCUGUAGUUUGUAGAUUCCUGCUCCAAGAGCGUGGCUGUAGAUGAUCAGGUGACAGCUUUGCACUGUUUUAUAGCAACUACGUGCUCCUACUAAUUUAAGUCACUAUUUACAAAAGAGUACUUACUAGAAGAGAGACUUGAAUUUGAAUAGGAAGGUUUUACGUGGUUUUCUAAAGCACAGUUGGGUUGAUGCUUGGAGAAGAAUCAUUGCAUGUUCAUGGUUAACUUCCCGAGCUGCUUUUGGGUGGCAUUUCUGACAAUAUCACACAAAAGCUCCCGGUCUGCAGACAGUGGAAGGCAGAGUGGAUGGGGCCCUGGGCUGGCUCUUGUUGCCCUUGUGCAAUGCUUGAAUUCAGCCAGACCUCGGGAUUCAAAGACAUAGGCUUGCUCAAUCUGAGUUUGGCUGUGCCGCAUGGCUGCCUCCUUGCGCAGCCCCAAUUCUGUGCUUGUUCCAGAAAUAGAUACUGUAGAUACCUCAGUGGUGUCAACAGUGUGUGCUUCUUUCUUCUCUUUCCUUUUUGCAAACUGCUGGUGAGAAUGACGUCUUUCCUCUGCCAGCCUGCAAAGGAGGUAAGAAGCCAAGAGAAACAAAAUUCUGAUAUGGGUAGAUUUGCAAAGCCUCCUUGUGAGGGAGGCUGCCCUUCUGGGAGUUCUUUGGACAAACCAUCAGAUUGGCAAGCACUGUGUUGGACGAGCUAACAGAACUUUCCUUUCUUCCCCUCCCUGAAGACGGGGAAGAUGCUCUGAGAUACUGCAGUAGGUCAUUUACAGAUAAAAUGAGUGCAGUUGUUGAGACUAAGGAGGGCUAAAGACGUAGUUGCAAAGGAUAAGCCUAUCCCAGCAGGCUGGUGUCAUGGGCAGUGGGAAGGCUUCUCCAGCCAUCAGUUCAAGGCAAAAUCUAAACGUAGGCCUUCAGGACUGCCCUCGUGGCAGCUCCCACUUUCCUCCGUUGCUGCAUAGACAUCCCCAGGCUAACACUGCCAUUUUGUGGCUGCCCCUGGAACAGAACGGCAUGAAACAACAGGCCAGCAGACUUGAGCAACGUUCUCAUACAGUAUUUUUGGAUUUUGUUUAUAGCUCUUUUUAGUGAGAGAGAAAUAAAAAAAAAAAAAAAAAAUACCACGUAAGUGACCAAACAGGACUGUGAAACCAACAAGAAGCUCAUUGGAUUUUUGUCAUUGCUGGCUGUCUGGAACUGGCCUUGAAGUGGAAAAAACAAUUUGUGAAAAACCUCUCCACUCUGUGGGCUAGAAGGAUACUGGAUCUUUUAUGUAGAAAACACUGGGUCCCUUAUGGGGCACUAACGGGCCUGACUUACAGGGUUAUACACACAUUAACCCCAUGCUACAUCUUAGAAAUUUCCUUUUAAUUUGUUAAAAAAAAAUGAGAAAAAAUAGCUAAUUUUAGAGCCAAGUGAAGUGCACUUUGUCAAAUGUAAGGGUCUGCUUUGUUUUUGGGUUUCUUUUUUCUUUUUCCCUUUUUAAUUUUUCCUCCUUUUUUUCCUCCUUUUGCCUUUUUAAAAGAUGUGGUUCUUCGUCAAUUGCAGAAAUGUUCUUUCAGCCACUCACUGAAAUUCUGAAUUCUGGCUUCUGCAGUUUUUAUUGUCUGUGUCAGACUUGCAGCCAGACUUGGUUCUCAUUUCAGUAUUUCCCAGGUUCUGUUGAAACAUCAACCCUUAUUUUGUUUCUCCCCCACCCACACUUUCUUCAAAUUCACCUUGUGUAUUGUAGCUCAUUUGUUUUAAGGAGAGAAUCAACAGAUCAUAUUCAGUGUCUUGAAUAAAUUGCUAUAUUUUGAUAUUAGAGAA